CAUACACACACACACACACACACACGCACACACACUGCUAGAGCACAGCAGAGAAGAGUGUAGGAGAGAGCAGAUGGAGUCUAGCUGCAUGCAUGCCUGCUGUACUGAGCUGGACUGAGACACACGCUUACUCACAACAAAGGCCACGACUGUCUGGGUGCUGUUGUCUCUAGACUCACUGGUGUGCUCCACUGAAUACAGACUGUGAAGAAGCUGAAAAGGCUGUGUGUUUGGAACAGAGCCAAUGACCAGGAGGCUAAACUGAAGGAGAAUAAGGCCACAGAGAAUUUAUUAAAAUGGGGGCCAGUUUCCCGGAGCCUCUCUCUGAAUUAUGGUGGCUCAUACUGCAGCCAUGCCGGACGUGAAGGCCACUCCACCAUGUGACUACCCCUCAGCGGGCUGCUCCCCCGGCCAAGGCCACGGCCUCGCGGGCUACACCUGCACCACUGGUCUCACCAUGGAUCUGGAGCCCUGCCUCAGCCUCAAUGACUUCCCCCUGCCCCAACCCCUCUCUGGCUUCAGAGGCCACAGCGUACCCCCCUACCCGCCCUUCCCUGGCCAGUGCCCCUUCAUACCACGGUCUAACAGCAGUGCAUUACUCACUAACCUGGGGCUCCGGUACUGCUCCACCAACAGUGUGCAGCACCCACCCAGGGGUCCUGACUCUGGGCUGGAGUUAGGGUCAGGGUCAGGCCUGGGGCUGGACCCAGGGCCCUGUUGGAACAUGAACAAAGGCUGUGGAACUAGACUCUACCGCAGCAUGGAGAACUUGAACUGGAGUAAUUCUGUGUCUGAACCAGGCCUCUACUGUUCCCCUUAUUGUGCCCCCUACAGAGGCAGUGUGGACAGUGGGUUCAUCUUCCGCUGCACUGCCACCAGCCACUGGUACGAUGGGCCCUCGGAGGGGACAGGGCCCCAGGGCUACGGUCCUGAGAGCCUGCCGUUCUACCCCCACCCCCACCCCCGCCUGGGGAGGGGUCUGGGAGGGUUGGGGAGGAAGGAGCUGCCCCUCUUCCCCCAGUGGCUGUUCCCCGGCACAGAUGAUUGGGGGGUGAACACUACCACCAAUGGCAGGAAAGGGCUAAGGGAGAAGCUCCGCCUCCAAAGCGCCAGAUCGGCAGCAGAACCCCUGAAGCCUCUUCGACCUCAGGUAACCCCAGGCAGUACCACUCCCAUCCUGAGUGGGUGCUCAGAGAGGGACUCAUCCCCCCACCAGAGGUACGUUGGGAGACCUCUGUAUGUCCGGCACCUCACCAGCCCUGAGGAAAUCAAGCAGGAGGUUCUGAGACGCCUUCAGCUCCGCCGGCAGAACAGCACCCCAAACCUGGCCCUCCAUGCCUCCCUGGAGACCCCUCAAACCCCAGACAUGGCCAUGUCCUUCACCACCGAGUCCAUCUCUGUCACUGGAAGUAGUGCUGAGCUCAUAGCCGAGCGUAAGAGGCCCCCUAUGGGCCGCCUGCACAUCCCUACCUUCAAGGAGUUUAAGAGGAUGAGACAGAGAGAGGGAGAGAGUGGACAGACAGAGAGCAGGAGUAAUGCUACUACAGUAAUAACUAUAGACCAACCGCCAGAGACUGGUACAGGCAGCCAGAGCCCAGGGACAGGCAGCCAGAGCCCAGGGACAGGCAGCCAGAGCCCAGGGACAGGCAGCCAGAGCCCAAGGACAGGCAGCCAGAGCCCAGGGACAGGCAGCCAGAGCCCAAGGACAGGCAUAGACUGUAAGACUCAGACAGCCCCAUUGGGACGGCGAGACUCUCAGUCCUCUCAGGAGGAGGAGAGGGAGAGCGAAGAGAGGAGAGGCAGUGAAAGGGAGGAGAGGGGGAGCGAGGAGAGGAGAGGUAGCGGAGAGAGGGAGGAGAGGGGGAGCGGGGAGAGGAGAGGUAGCGGAGAGAGGGAGGAGAGGGGGAGCGAGGAGAGGAGAGGCAGUGGAGAGACUCCCACAGCCAGCACUUUGCACUCAUCCUCUCCCAUCUUCACUGGCCCUACUCCCCAGCUAAAAGCCAGCAUUCAGACUACAGUCUCUAACAAAGCUAUAUGCACAGGCCCUACUCCCCGCUCUCCCCUCCAGCCCUCCAGUAAGACCCAGGGGAAGGGGACCAUGUAUCAUACCCAGGCCCAGGACAGAAAGCCUAAUGUGGGGCUCAGUGUGCCUUGGGCCUCCCAGGUCCCCUUCCCUCCUCCUCACAAGGAGAAUGCAGAGGGCCCCUCCAGCUGCUGCCCAGCCCUGCUCUUGGACAGGACUGACCUCUCCAGCUAUGGAGCCAAGAUCUACAAGAUGAAGGAUGGGUUCAUCGGCUCCGCCCUGGACCUCAUCAAGAAGAGCUGCAGUGCAGAGAUUGCAGCGGCAGAGGCCCCCGUCAGGCUGUCAGGUGACCAGGACGACAGCGCUAACAUCGCUCCCCCACCAGAUUUUCAAUCCUCCACCGUCUCCAUGACAACCGCGACGGCCUGUGGAGAGGAGGCUUGCGACAAGCCUGCAGCAGGAGGAGGAGAAGAACUAACUGCAGAAUGCCACUCUGGCCUGGGCUGCAGGCGCUCCAGCUCGGACGCAGCCUAUGAACCGGCCGAAUCGGUGAGGGCCCAGCGCGAGUGCCGCCUCCGGCCCCACUACAGCGACCCCAUGCCGGCCGACGCCGCCAAGCGCAAACAGCUGGAGAUGAAAAUUGCUGCCGCUGCACGCCUCCACAGCCAGCGACGGGACAGGGACAGCGCUCCUGCCUCGGUGCGGGUCCGUUCUGAACCCCGCGGUGAAGAGCAUCUAGGGAGUCUGGGUGUGACGCGUGGUGGACAGCACCGCUGGAGCACCGUGAGCAGCCUAAGUGCCGACAGUGGCGUGGUGGGUCUUUGUGACGACCGCGAUGAUGACGAUGAACCCCGGAGAGUACACCAUAGUGGAGGGGCCGAGGUGGGAAGGGUGGACAGCGGGAUUGGACCCUGCCUGGCCCGCGUCUGGAAGAGACCUUCUGCCUCUCUCAGGGCCUGGGAGGCCCAGAGACCCUGCCCAGACUGUGGCCAGAGAGACGGGCACGGGGUGGCCCGGACAGAGGGUGAGGGGACCGGUAUGUGUGAGCGCUGCACCAAGCUGAGGACGGAGAGGAAGGAAGCCAUCUUAGAGUUCCUGAACACGGAGUCAAGUUAUGGGGAGGACCUAAGAAUAAUCAAGGAGGAGUUCUACUGUCCCAUGCAGAGCGCCGGGCUGCUGACCCCAGAACAGCUGACCGUGGUGUUCAGCAAUGUUCAGGAGCUCAUAGACGUCAAUGAACGCUUCACUGAACACCUGCAGGAAAGCAUCGACCAGGCCUUCGACCAGGGAGAUGAGGACCUGCUAACAGUGUGCAUUGGAGAGAUGUUCCUGGAGUUUGUCAACAUGCUGCCAGCCUUCCAGACUUACUGCCUGCAGCAGUCCACCUCUGUCAACAUGCUCAACACCUUGGAGAAGGAGAAAGAACUUCUGAGGAUCUUCCUGGACGUGUCCCAGAAUGACAACACAGCCCUGCGGCGUAUGAACCUGCGCUCUUUCCUCAUGGCUCCCCUUCAGAGGGUCACCAAGUACCCCCUCCUCCUGAGCCGCAUCAGCAAGGUCACCAUGGAGUGCCACCCCGACCAUGGCCGUCUCCGAGAGGCCAAGAGCCGCGUGGAGUCUCACCUGGAGCACAUCAACAUGAAGACCAAGCAGGAAGGAACCCUGACCUGGACUCUGCGUUCCUUUCGCCGCGACAGCCGCAAAAACCGCGAGGUCAUUAACAUCGAGAUGCGGGAGAUGUCCAUGAAGACUGUGGGCUGGGCCAGGGAGAACACGCGCUUCGUCAUGGAGGGGCCCCUGCAGCUCUCCCAGCCUGCAGACGGACAGUGGGUGAAGAAGGGCAGUAAAGGCCUCAAGUUCCAGAACAUCCAGAGUCUGUUGAUGGUGCAUACGCAGCGGCCUGGAGAGGGUCUGUCUCAGACGGACGGCGAGGCCAAGGUGGAGCAGCAGGAGCACGGCGUGUGGGACGGUGUGCUGGUGCUCAUCAAAGACAAGAGCAGUGGGAAGUUCACCGUGCUCAGAGAACCCAUCCACCUGGCCAACUGUGUGGUGUCGGGCGACCCUGACUGCGAGGACACCUUUGAGGUGCUGGACAUACGUAAGGAGGCCUUUGUUUUUAGGGCCUCAGAUAAACCCCGGACGCAGCAGUGGUUCCGGCAAAUCAAGAGGUAUACCCGUGACCUGGGGCUGUGGAGGAAGAGGCGUAACGCACUCCCCAAUAUUAUGAUGAACACAAACCAGGGCAGGUCCUGAGACUGAGGGACACCGUUUCCCUGGCUGGAUACCAGUGUAAAUAGAUGUACUACUACUGCAAAAAGAAUUGACCAUGCUUCUGGAUGGUGGAGCGAUUUGUUUCUGAGGUUUUAGGGUGGGAUUUGUGAGGUUCCAUGUUAUGAUGAGGAUAGCACUUUUUUCUAAGAAAAACUGCAAGUGCACCAUACUGUAACGAAACGUAUGAAGGUAUAGUUUUUAGCUUCUGUCUAAAAAUGAUCAGCCACUUGCAUGACCAAAAAAGGAGACUUGGUUGGGAACACUGCUGGCCUUGGUUGUCAAAACUGUUUGCUCUUGAAGAAAGAGAUGUUUUCAGUAUACUGACUAACUGGUGUCUGUGUUGAAAAGCAUGGUUGAAGUUGAUGAUUGAAAAACAUGACUCUGUAAUGCUAAUGGAAAUGCACAAAUUAGUGAAAAACUACUGUUAAAUUAUACAAUGGGGACUUGGACUACAGCUUAGUAAAAAAAGACAGGAACUUUUAUUUUACCUGGCUAAGGUAAGUCAAAAUCACUAGCCUCUUCCCACCUUUCUUUUGCCCUCUGUGUCAGAAGCAAUGUCCACUGCCAGCAGAGAUCCGAGAAAUGGCAUCCAUAGUAGGAAGUCCGUCAGUGACGGAUGGAUGCUGUGCAGACAGUGUCUGUCAGACAGUUUAAACCAAGGGUUGUGGACAUACUUGUAUCAGAGGAGGCUGGUGGGAGGAGCUAUAGGAGAACGGGCUCAUUGUAAGCACUUAAAUGGAAUGAAUGGAACGGAGUCAAACGUGGUUUCCAUGUUUGAUGUGUUUGAUACCAUUCCAUGUAUUCUAGCCAUUACAAUGAGCCUGUCCUCCUAUAGUGCCCCCCACCAGCCUCCACUGAUUUGUAUCACUGUGCUGGGUGGGCUCAAGUCACAAAGAAGCAAUAAAUUGUGCAAUUUUAGCUAUUUAUUUUAGUUUCUCCACAUCUGGUCAGACUUUGUAAUUAUGGGAAAUCGAGAGCUUAUUAUCCCACCUAUGACUGGAAGUGAUGUUAUUGGCACAGAUGAGCUACAGAGGUUCGGCCCUAGAAGAAUGUGCACUUGAACUUCAAGCCUAGGCCUGGUUUGGCCACUACCAGUAUUGUCAACUGUUUAUUCAAACUCUCAAAGCCUUUAUACCUGUACUUGAAUGUGGUAGUACAGCAUGGCCAAAGUGGAGGUGGAAAGGCCUCAAACACAGAUCAACCUGGACCAUGAGUUUAGUAGCUAAAGCUGACACAGUAGCGCCAGUCUAAUGUCUUCACAGUGUGCUGUUCCAUGACAAUCAGAUGGGGAAAUUGUGAGCUUUUGUUCCUUGGGUUUUUAUUUCACUCUAAAUUAACAAAAGCAUUUCUUCUGUUGCCAGUCACAGUAAUGUUGAUAAAACUAUGAGUAUCUGGAAAUGGUCAUCAAGUCAGACCGCCCUCUUCCCCGAGGUAUCAGCAGAAAGAGACUUAAAAAGCCUGCUUACAUAGCCUGGUUAUACCAGUGUGAACACUACAUUCACCAAUCUGAAAUUUAGUGAAAUCUUUUUGGAUGACAGAAUUUACAGGCAGUUCUGAUCCCUCCAUCGGCUGCUAGUGUUCCUACAUUAUGUCAUAGAUUACCUGUGCCCUUACCUCAAGUGUGACUUCCCUUCUCCUAAAAUCUGUUUUUGUGUCUGAUGUUUCUGAAUCUGAAGGCACUUUAUAAUUAAGACUACAAAGUAGAUCCAUAUUAAGGUGCGACUGUCACUCUUCAACAAUGCUAUCUGCCAAUCAUGAUUUCAAAAGCUUUAUUCUGUCGGUUGUGUUGUUUAUUCACAGAACUCUUUAAGUUCGGGAAACAUAUAGGACCACAGCUGACUACAUACAGCAGGUCAAGGCAAUACUUCUUAUCAAACAAAUCUAACCUCCAUAUACUGUUUAGUCUGAUUGUGUUUAGUCCAGGAGUAGCAUAGGUUAAGGGAGGUAGUGAAUCACUGUUUUUGGACAGAGAAUGAUGUACGGAGUGGACUACUGCCUGUCUCUUACUGUUCAUCACCUUCCAAUGGCGCUAGCACUGUUAGAAUCAUAGAAUUAGAAUAUCAUUCUAUUUGUAUUGUUUGAAUUCUUUCAGCUUCCAUCUUGUUCCACUAAAUGAUUACUACCGUAUAUGGGAAGACCGAUGCUGUGUAAACAUUUUGAAAAUAUCCGAGACCUGCUGGACUGUCAAAUGUUUUUCCUCUGCAUUUUAGACCUGUGAUAUUUCCUUUAUGUAAGAUUUUGUGAAUUAUAUUAAAAAAUGACAUGUUAAAUACA